ACUUUAAGGCGGUAAUUUGAUAAUAGUUAUUAUCCGCUCUUGUUUCGAAAGUUGUUGAUAUGGGAUGUAUUGUGAGCAAAGAAAAACUAGCUGCUAUAGCUCGAUCCAAAGACAUUGACAGAAAACUAAAGGCUGAUGGUGAGGCUUCAUUUAAAGAGGCCAAACUGUUGCUCCUCGGUGCCGGAGAGUCGGGAAAAAGCACAAUAGUUAAACAAAUGAAGUACGUUACUGUAAUACUGAUUUGCAGAAUUAUUCAUAUGUCUGGUUAUACUGAAGAAGAAUGCAAAACUUACAGACCGGUCGUAUUCAGCAACACCAUCCAGAGCAUGGUAGCCAUACUGAGAGCUAUGGAACAACUGCAGAUAUGUUGUGCAUAUCCGAACGCAAUGAAUGAUAUUGCUGUGGUCCUCAACCUUCCACGGACAGAUGUUGACGUGCUACCCGACGAAGUAUUUAGUGCGCUGAAGAGGCUCUGGUACGACCCAGGUGUUCAAACAGCUGUUAAUAGGUCUCGAGAAUUUCAACUGAAUGAUUCUGCAUCAUACUUUCUUGACUCAUUGGAUAGGUUAUCAAGUCCUUGUUAUAUCCCAACACAACAGGAUGUCCUUCGGACUAGAGUAAGAACGGGUGGAAUUGUAGAAACCCACUUCUCUUUUAAAGGAUUAAGCAUCAGGAUGUUUGAUGUUGGGGGACAGCGUUCAGAACGAAAGAAAUGGAUUCACUGUUUCGAAGGCGUCACCGCAAUUAUAUUUGUGGUUGCUAUGAGUGAAUACGAUCUAACCCUUGCUGAAGAUCAAGAAAUGAAUAGGAUGAUGGAAUCUAUGACAUUGUUUAGUUCAAUAUGUAAUAACCAGUGGUUUACAGAAACAAGUAUCAUUUUAUUUUUAAACAAGCGAGAUAUUUUUGAAAACAAAAUAAUGAAGUCACCGUUAACCAUAUGUUUCCCAGAGUACACUGGUGGGAAUAACUAUGAAGAGGCUUCGGAGUAUAUUCGAUCAUGUUUUGAAAAUUCAAACACUCGUAGUGGACCUAAAGAUAUUUAUUCCCAUUUCACAUGUGCAACGGACACAAGUAAUAUACAGUUUGUGUUUGAUGCUGUAACUGAUGUAAUAAUUAAAAACAACCUCAAGGAUUGUGGGAUAUUCUGAUUUUAUAAAAAAGAAAAUUAGUCAUCUUUUCUGAUUUUGAACUUCCUUACGAAACAGUUUUUGUAAAUUAAGUGUAGCAAUUUAUUUAUUAUAUUUUACGUUAUAUGCUUUUUUUAAACUGUUCUGUCUAACUUCCGAGUAGUCGAGUGUAACAAGAACAUAACAGCUUCAAUUUAUAUAUUUUUAUUGGUAUUAGUAUCUAGCUAUAUUUCUCAGUAUAAUAAAUGCGAUUUUGUUAAACGCUGGCCGAAACUUAAUUUUAUCUUGUUUUUGUUCUCUCUAGUGUUCUGUUUAAAUUCACUACUUGUAAAUAAAUCUUUAUGUUUUGUUCCACUUCAUUUGUUUGCAUUCUAAAACUCAG